AUGAGCAUCACUUUUAAUAAUUUAUGGCUACUUUUGACAGUGUUAUGCACUGCUAGAAUUCGUGCUGAUUUCAUUGGGGAGGAGUGUCUCGACAUAGUCUCUUAUCCAUCAGCUGAUGUGGUACGCAUUUUGUGCCAUGUUGCAGGCCAGCUUCGAGGCCUAUCACAGACAGUAAGUUCUGCUGUGGAAACUGCCGCUGCUGCUUCGAGUAAAGCAUUUGAAGCAAAGGUACAAGCAGAGGAAGCUGUGGAACUUGCCGAGUCGAGAGGCCUAAACGUUACGAAAGCGAAGGAAGCUGCUGUGAGAGCAACACACGCUGCUGAAGCUGCGGCUUUGGCUGCAAGUAACUUGGCUUUUGCCGCUGCAAAUAUUGCUGCGGUGCCGUGGUCACAACCAAUCAGUGAUUCCAUGUUGCAUAAACUCGCACUAUGCGACCACGUCGACGAGUAUGUGCGAGAGGCAGCAAAAAAGUGCACAAAGAAAGCGAAGAACGUGACGGCACAAUCUCUCAAUGAGGUCCUCAAAGCGUUUGAGAAGCUGUUCAGUGAAGUAAAUGCCUUGCAAUCCUUACGGCAUAAUAUUGCUGAGUUCCACAAAGACCUGAAAUCGUUAGAGGAUCACGUUGAAGACAUUGUCCGUGCACAAAAAAAUGCGGAAGAUGCAGCUGCAGAGACAAAUAAAAUAGCAGCGCCUGAUCAUGAGGUAGGAGGUAACAAAGAAGAAACACCAAGUCAACAGCCAGACACAAAUCAAGAUCAACAGGCAAAUGAGAAACCUGAGGCAAAUCAGACAGCCGGCACAAAUACGGGACCACUUGGAAAUUCCGUUGCUUCACCUGAAGGGUCAGUGCUGCUACUGAUGGCUGGAUUGUUUCUCGGUUCUGUACUGUAA